AUGUCGUACUCAUACGAGCGACAACGGCGUCAGACUUAUGGGGCCUCGACGCGAAGAACAGCUUGGGGCUACUGGCUUCCACUUGCGGUGACUGUCACAGUCGCAACGGCAGGCCUCGUAGCAUGGGUAUGGAACGAGAGAAGAGACGACGAUGACGAUGACUUGGCAUACCGUCCACCAGGCCAAGCUGGUCCACCUCCCUCAGGCCCUAACUAUACCAACGCUCCCCCUCCGUCUGGCUACGGUCCUCCACCAUCCGACUACGGCAACGGCCCUUCACCGGGGUUUCAAGGUCCGCCUCCUGGCUUUGAAGGCCCACCUGCCGCGCAGACUCCUUUCGCGCCCGGCUCUGAUGGAAGAGGAGCGGAAGAAUCCAGUAUCGCCGCGCGGAUGUCAGGAGCACUCCGUCGGACACCAAGCCCUCAGCAGAUAUUCGAUGGCGCGCGCCGAAACGUAGUUGCUGGUGUGACGGCCGCUGGAGCUGCAGUUGGCGGCGCACUUUCAUCAAUUACAGAGGAGGGUAAGGGGGGAUACGAAGAUCAUUCGAGGUGGUCUGAGGAAGCAGAUUCUCAGCAUGGAGAACCUUCGCGAAAAGGACCGGAGCUACGGGAUCUGGAAGGGUCAACGUCUUCUAGACAGACUAUGCUAUCCACGAUCAAAGCUAGUGGGAAGCGGAAAACCGUUGCAAUCGUUGUAUCUGCUGAGACCGAAUAUGAGUACAGCGAAGAUGCUGAGUAUCACCAGGAGCAUGCUUCAAUACUCUCACAUUUACCCGAGCAUGUCGACCCCGAUUCCCGCAUCUUUGUGCUCAUCUACGCCCCAGACCUCAAACAGCAUCCUCUCGCAAACCGACAAUCGGGACAACCAGACGUCUCACUCGCCUCAUCCUACUCCAACAUCGGCCAAGAAGAUGCACAAAGUCAAGGCGAGAAGUCACUCGAUCCCGAAUCUGCUGGUGGAAGGUCCCAUAUGUUCAAUACGCUACACACGCAAGCCCGAGCGCUCGUGAAUAAAGAGACGGAGAUAAUGCCAUUUACCACGCCUACCGGCUACAUCCAAAUUCUGAAGCAUCUUGCGCCUGAGACUGUUUACCUCCAGGAAACGCUUUCUGAGAGCGGGGAUGCUAUCGCCCAAAUCAAAGACUGGGUUGGACAUGAUAUUGUAAUUGUUGUCGGCGAGAGCGGACACGGGGGAUUAGUUGACAGCGAGGAUGAGCACGAGGAGAAAGAGAAAUGGUGGCACAAUGACCCCCAAAUUGGGCUUGGGAAAGGCGUGGAGAUAGUGGACGGACUUCGCGUAGGCGAAGAUUGGAGGCGUAGAAUCGGAGGACACGAUUAG